AUGAAACUCAGCUUGAGCGACACGGACCUGGUGUCCUUACAGAGCCGCUCCACCCUGAGCGCCAGCACCUCGCUCUACUGCAUCGGACAAUCAGAAGACAUGGUCAUCUGCUGGGACAUCAGAGAGGAGGUGGACGCCGGCGACUGGAUCGGCAUGUACCUCAUCGACGAGGUUCUGUCAGAAAACUUUCUGGACUAUAAGAGUCGUGGCGUGAGCGGCUCCCACAAAGGCCAGAUCGUGUGGAGAAUCGAUGCCAGCUUGUACUUUAUGGAGGCUGAGACCAAGGUUUGCUUCAAAUAUUAUCAUGGUUUGAGUGGAGCACUUAGAGCCACGACACCGAGCGUGACGGUGCGAAACCCCUCUGCCAAUGCGCUGAAGCCUGUCAUCAGUCAGGAGCUUCCUCAGACUCUGGGCAGCAGGAGGCUCAUCAGCUUCUCUCUGUCAGACAUUCAAGCAGUCGGUCUGAAGAAGGGAAUGUUCUUCAAUCCUGAUCCGUAUCUGAAAAUCGCCAUCCAGCCUGGAAAGCACAGCAUCUUCCCUGCGCUGCCUCAUCACGGUCAGGAGAAACGGUCAGGCAUCAUCUGCAACACGGUCAACCCCAUCUGGAAGAGAGAGCGAUUUAACUUUGUGUCCCUGCCGACGGACGUUUUGGAGAUAGAGGUUAAAGAUAAAUUUGCCAAGAGCAGACCCAUCAUCAAACGCUUCCUGGGAAAGUUAGUUGUGCCCGUACAGAGGCUGCUGGAGAAACAUGCUAUCGGGGAUCGUGUGGUGAGUUACACUUUAGGCCGACGGCUUCCAACAGAUCAUGUCAGCGGCCAGCUGCAGUUUCGUUUUGAGAUAACUUCAUCGAUUCAUCCAGAUGAUGAGGAGGUGUCGCUCAAUGCAAUGCCAGUCUUUGAUAUGACACCUGACCAGCAGCUUGAGCAGGAGCUCAAUGAGGACCUACCACCUGCUUCUGAUCUGCCUCUGGAGGAUGCAUUGAGUUUGGGUCCUGACAUGCUGGAGCUGCCUGCAGAAAGUCCUCCAGAGGUAGAGACCCAGGAUGCCAUGCUGCUUACCUCUCUAGAUGAGCCCAGUAGGGAUACCCAACCAGAAGCAGAAGGAUCAGCUGAUGAGCUUGUAACAGCUCGAGGAGAGACACUAUUGAGUGAUGCCACUCAAGGAGAAACUGCAGAGCAAGACCCUGGAAAAACAGAGUCCGAGGAGAUGCAGGAGGAAACUGUGGCGGAGACUCUUUUAGAGGUCCUGGAGAACCAUGAAGCUGAAGACACGGGUGGACCAACUGGAAUGGGACCUACUGGAGAGCAUGCAGAGGUUGAGGGAGGCACAAGCUCAGAGCAGGUUGACAUGAGGGUGGAAAGAGAUGGGAAUGAUGAAGAACCCUGCUCGCCAAGGAUGCGAAGUGCCUUGAAGCGCAAGAGCCGUCCCUGUUCACUUCCUGUGUCCGAGUUAGAGACGGUCAUCACCUCGGCCUGUGAGGAACCAGAGACGCCACGUUCUCACUACAUCCGCAUUCAUCAUCUGCUGCACAGCUUGCCAUCAGCUCAGUGCCACAAUGACAGCCAAGAUGAAGACGAGGUACUUGACCCAGAAUCUUCUGAGGAAAUCACUGUGAAAACCCAAGAGGACAAAGAGGAAGAAGACGAGGUGUCUGAAGCACAGUCUCCAUCCAUCGUGCCCGAGUGUCCUAGACCUUGUUGCAGGCGUACCCUACCACGUAGCCUCUCCAUCGAGCGCCUGUCCGAACUCAACCAACUUUUGGAGUGUGAAAGACCCUCAUCUUCCACCCUCCGACUAGAAAGCGAACACGUGGAAGUGGGUGGUGGAGGCGUAAACAGAAGGGAACCUCGAGAGAGUGAGUGCGAACUGUGUGAUAACUCCUGCUACAGCACGUCCUGUUACAGCACGUCCUGUUACAGCACUUCCUGUUACAGUAACUCAGGUUACGAGGGGCGUAACCACCUUUGCAGCCAUACACGCCUCUCUUCGGUUGACAGCACCCGCCUGUCGGAGAGCACAGUUUUCUCCUCGCAGGAGGAAGAGGAGGAGGAGAACAGUGCUUUUGAGUCAGUCUCGGACUCCAUGCAGAGUCCAGAUAUAAGGGAGCCAGGAGACGCGUUGGUUCAUUGGAGGGAGUCGUCGUCAGAAGAAAGUCCCCAGAGAGAAGGGGAGGGGGAGAUGUCACCAGUACCUGGGUCUAGUUUUAGGUCAUCAGACUGGGAGGCCAGGAUAGACAGUCACGGCCGUGUUUUCUACGUGGACCAUGUGAACCGCACCACCACGUGGCAGAGGCCCAGCCAAGCAGCCAAAUGCAGCGGCAUCCAGAGAUCCGGCUCCACUCACCAGAUGGAGCAGCUCAACCGGAGGUAUCAGAACAUCCAGAGGACAAUGGCCACAGAAGAUGAGCCGGCUGCUCGUGUAUCUGAGAGAAACAGCGGAGGAGACACAGAUAGUGAAUCCACACCACAAGCUGCAGAUCAGCGAAGGGAAGGUCCUUCAUCUCCUGUGAAUAAUCAGAGCGUCACGCUGCUGCUCCAGUCUCCAGCCGUGAAGUUUGUGGCGCACCCAGAAUUCUUCACUGUCCUCCAUGCUAACUACGUAAAUCAGCGAAGGGAAGGUCCUUCAUCUCCUGUGAAUAAUCAGAGCGUCACGCUGCUGCUCCAGUCUCCAGCCGUGAAGUUUGUGGCGCACCCAGAAUUCUUCACUGUCCUCCAUGCUAACUACGGUGCGUAUCGGAUUUUUACUAACAGCACCUGCCUGAAGCACAUGAUUCUGAAAAUACGGCGAGAUGCUCGCAACUUUGAGCGAUAUCAGCACAACCGUGACUUCGUCACUUUCCUAAACAAAUUCGCCGAUACUCAGCUGGAGCUCCCGAGAGGCUGGGAGAUCAAGACAGACCUGCAGGGCAAGUCGUUCUUUGUGGACCACAACAGUCGUGCGACGACCUUCAUCGACCCCAGGAUUCCCCUUCAGAACGGACGUCUGCCGAAUCACCUCACACACAGACAACACUUACAGAGACUGCGCAGCUACAGCGCCGGAGAGGCAUCAGAAGUGUCCCGAAACAGAGGAGCGUCUCUGGUCAGCAGACCUGGAAACGGUUUAAUAUCAGCCGUCAGGAAUCAAUACCAGCCCGAUUCAGUGCCUCUAGGUUUGCAGAGGGCCAGAGCACCUGCUCCGUACCGCAGAGACUUUGAGGCAAAGCUUCGUAAUUUUUACAGGAAGCUGGAGGCUAAAGGCUACGGCCAGGGACCAGGAAAAAUCAAGUUCCGUUUCAGUGGCCGUAUUUUGGGUCUGGCUCUGAUCCACCAGUAUCUGUUGGAUGCUUUCUUCACUCGACCGUUCUACAAGGCCCUGCUCAGACUAGUGACAGAUCUGAGUGAUUUGGAAUACCUGGAUGAGGAGUUCCACCAGAGCUUACAGUGGAUGAAGGACAACGAUAUCACGGAUAUCCUGGAUCUGACGUUUACAGUCAACGAGGAGGUCUUCGGACAGGUGAUAGAGAGGGAACUGAAGUCGGGAGGCUCCAAUAUCCAAGUGACAGAGAAGAACAAGAAGGAAUACAUUGAGCGCAUGGCUAGAUGGAGGGUGGAGAGGGGGGUUAUGCAGCAGACCGAAGCCCUUGUGAGAGGCUUCUAUGAGGUCGUAGACUCCCGCCUGGUUUCAGUGUUCGAUGCUCGUGAGCUGGAGUUGGUCAUUGCAGGGACGGCCGAGAUCGAUUUGAACGACUGGAGAUCCAACACAGAAUAUAGAGGAGGUUACCAUGAUGGGCACGUUGUGAUUCGUUGUUUCUGGGAUGCGGUGGAGCGCUUCAAUAAUGAGCAGAGGUUGCGCUUGCUGCAAUUUGUGACGGGAACGUCCAGUGUCCCCUACGAGGGUUUCGCAGCGCUCCGUGGGAGCAACGGCCUGCGGCGCUUCUGCAUUGAAAAGUGGGGAAAGAUUACCUCUCUACCAAGGGCGCACACAUGCUUCAACCGUCUGGAUCUGCCUCCCUAUCCGUCGUACCCUGUGCUGUAUGAGAAACUUCUCACCGCUGUGGAGGAGACCAGCACCUUUGGUCUGGAGUGAAGAAGUGAGACUUCUUUUUUUGUUUUUUUUGUUUUUUACUGCGAAAACAUUUUCAAUAACUCAGUCCAUGAGAGACUUUUUAAACUUCAUCUGAUAAUUUUGUUUAAAAUAACUUGAAAUAGCAUGUUUCUGCACUAAAAUAAAGAUAUGUAGUACUUUGUGGGAGUGUGGGGUCAGAAGCAUCAUGUAUGCAAUAGUGAAAACCUUGCAUCCUACUCAUAUUUGUCCUUGGCCUCAUCCUAUUGGUUAAGCAUCAGUACAUCUCCUUUCUGAUGGGAUAUUCCUUAAAAAUGUGGUAAAGUGUGAUUUUAAACACCUGGCUCUGUUUGACACGGAAUACUAACAUAUUGCUUACUGAAUACUGCACAGUAUAUACUGUACUUAAUACUGCCCACAUUUAAAGUUCUGUAGUAUGUGAACCAUAUGUAACAAAUGAACACUUCCAAGUGCAGUAUGCAAUGUAGUUGUCACACGACCUCAUUACACUGCAUGUUUAAAAAUUAUGUGUCACCCACUUUUCAUAUCAGAAAUAAAAGUUGUUUUGCAUUUUAAUGUGUGAAUGAUCACAUAAUAAGUCUAGUUUUGGUACUGCAUUAAGUAGGCACAUUGCAUUAUGGGAUACAAUACUCUAGAUAUGUAAAACAUCAUCUAGGUAUUGUGUGCAUACAGAUAACAUUUAUGCUGUGCAUGUUAUGGAUACUGCAUAAAUAGUAUGCUAGUAUGCUAUUCUGAACAUAGCCCCUGAGCAAACCUGAGUUUAGGAGGGAUAAAUUAACAGCACAUUUUCAUUGUUGGGUGAACUGUCCCUUUAAAUCAAAAUCAAAGUUUAAAAAUUAAUUCUCAUGUCAUCAGCUGAACUCCAAACCACAGCAACUGUUUGCCUUUACGUGAUUCCGAUGAACUGUUUCGCCUGAUUUAAUCACAUGGCUCAAAUACUGUUGAUAAUGUCAUUAAAAAUGGAUUAUGUUUUUGGAGCAGAAAUGGUUAAACUCAAGUUUGUCACCUCACUCUCACUAAUAUGAGCUCAAGCUUUAGGUAGGAAGCACACUUGGAAGCUCACUUGAUAGUGAUGUAACCAAAUUAGUGACACUAACACUGAGCUCAUCAGAACUUUCUGCCAGCAGCGUCCAUGUGGCUACGUUAGAAAUAACUCUCUAACCGUUUAAACGAUGCUUCUUAAAGCCAAAGCUGUUUUAGGUCAUGAGCUGCAUUUAAUAAUGACACGGGCAAUGGCAUGAUAUUGGAUUCAUUCCUAGAUUGGCACAAGUCCUAUUUUUCCCAGACAUGUCCUGGACGGAUUUUUCUAAAUUGCCUACAAUGUCUUGGCUUUAUUUUCCCAUUGACAAUCUCUCUACAGUUCUCAUACAUUACAUGUUAUAUUGCAUUGCUUUGACUGUUGUCUGUAGAUCCCGCCUUCUCGCACACCACGAUUGGUUGAUACGUACAAUGCCUGUAUGCUAUUGGUCAAACCACUUUUCAGUCAUUGCCUUCAGCAAGUGUGAAAAAAAUAUGAAAACAAAGCCAAAAUGGACAUUUUAGGCAAUUUAGAAGUCAUGGGGGGGGAAAGGACGUAUAUAUCUCCCUACUUGGUAUAAUGUGUUUUGUUGUAAAUUUGUGGGCGUUGCCACGGAUAACACAUUUCAGACCACACAUGCACCUUGUAUAUUAUACGUAUGUCUUUAUUCAUUAAAAUACAUCUUUUUAAAUAAUUUAUUUGUUUAAUUUAUUGAUGCACAUCUUCCAUAGCAAAUAUGAGUUGGUUUGUCGCUCGUAACUGUAAAUGCAAACAGGCUUCGUCUUCUAAUAAUAAUACAAUCACUGUUCAUAACCACAGAUGACAAAACCAGAUUUUUUUAUUAUUCAGUAUGAAAUAUCUUAAGUGGUGCUUUUAUGUCUUUAUAUGUGUAUUGUUUGUUGGCCGAACGCCUCUCACCUCACCAUCAAAAGAGAAUUAGUUCAUGGACGGAUCGUCACUGAUGUUUAGCCAGGGCACGCAGGCUCUUAUGAUGGUGUUUAUCAUUGUGUUGCAUUUAUUGUUUAUUAUUGCCCGGGGAAUAAACAUGCUCCCGAUGACUCUGAACGGUUUUUUGGAAGGAUGUCAACUCAAGCUUGUUUUAUUUGUCA